AUGUUAUUGAUCGGUGUCGAGGUUACAGAAAAAGCAUCUGAAAUGAUUAAGAAGUGUAAGAAGCUCAACAAGUGGAUGUCGAGCGGAUUGAAUAACAGUGAACAAAAUCUUGAGGCAUCUUCGGCGUUUCUUCUGGGCAGCCAGAACGACCCGAUUCUCAACCGUGCUGUGGCAUGCAGCAAGAAAUUGAUCCUCUACGACAACCUGCUAUGA